AUGAGAGUGGUUGUUCAGAAAGUCAAGAGUGCGUCAGUUACAGUUGAAGAGAAGAUUGUGUCUUCAAUCGGAAAGGGGUUGAUGGUUCUCGUUGGUAUCACCACCACAGAUACAGAGGAAGAUAUUGCCAAGCUCUCCAAGAAGCUUCUCUCCCUCCGUGUGUUUGAGGAUUUGUCCGAGCCACCACAGACUGCCACCAAGUGGUAUGGCAAGCCCUGGGCAAAGUCGAUCGUAGACAUCCAAGGAGAAAUCUUGUCUGUGAGUCAGUUUACAUUGUACGGCACGGUUAAAAAGGGGACCAAGCCUGAUUUCCACCGUGCCGCAAAAGGCCACCAUGCGGUUGAAUUGUACAACAAGUUGCUAGAACAAUUGAGAGCAGGGUUGGGCCAAGACAAGGUCAAGGACGGAGAGUUUGGCGCCAUGAUGGACGUUGCCUUGGUCAACGAUGGUCCGGUGACCAUCAUCUGGGACACCCAAGACAGCUCUUUGUGA